CAGAUGCUCACUGAGCUGCGCAGCCGCUUAGCCUCCGUGUCUUCUCCUCUGGUCAAUUUCAAACUAUUACCAGACCCCCAGACGACCCACUCGACUCGUCGGCCUUCAUCUUCGUCAGUACAUCAACAGCCAUAUCACUCAGCGCGAUGACGGAGACGGUGGAGGAGCGCACGUCCAGGAACCGGAACGCUCUCCCAGAGCCGACGGCAGCCACCACGGAGGACGCUUUCGAUCACACGUACAGAGAGAAGGAAGGCCCCAAACCACCCACGAAAGUCGUGUGGAGAAAUGCCCUGCUGAUGACUUUAUUGCAUAUAGGGGCCCUGUACGGCGUGAUCCUCAUUCCCUCAGCAUCUCCUUUGACCUUGCUUUGGUCCUGUUUUUGCUUUCUGAUAAGUGCUUUAGGAGUGACAGCAGGGGCACAUCGUCUAUGGAGUCACAGGUCCUACAAGGCCUCAUUACCGCUAAGAAUCUUUCUGGGCGUUGCUAACUCCAUGGCCUUUCAGAAUGAUAUCUUUGAAUGGGCUCGAGACCACAGGGUUCACCACAAAUACUCAGAGACAGACGCUGACCCCCACAAUGCCGUCCGCGGCUUCUUCUUUGCCCACAUUGGCUGGCUCCUGGUGCGUAAGCACCCUGAUGUCAUUGAAAAGGGAAGGAAGCUGGAGCUCACUGACCUGAGGGCUGACAAAGUUGUCAUGUUUCAGAGGAAGUAUUACAAGCCCUCUGUGUUGCUCAUGUGCUUCUUCAUCCCCAUGUCUGUGCCUUGGUACCUGUGGGGGGAGUCUCUGUGGGUGGCCUACUUCAUCCCAGCGCUGCUGAGAUACACCUUGGUCCUGAACGCCACCUGGCUGGUCAACAGCGCCGCUCACAUGUGGGGAAACAGGCCCUAUGACCAGAACAUCAACCCCAGGGAGAACAAAUUUGUUACACUCAGUGCCAUUGGUGAGGGAUUUCACAAUUAUCACCACACCUUCCCCUAUGACUAUGCAACCAGCGAGUUUGGCUGCAGGUUGAACCUCACUACUUGUUUCAUCGACUUCAUGUGCUUCUUGGGGCUGGCAACGGACCGCAAAAGAGCAUCCCGGGAUGUGGUCCAGGCCCGACUACAGCGCACGGGAGACGGAAGUCACAGAAGUGGCUAAAGCGGUUAAAUGCUUUCGAAAAUGUGUUUAGCGUCGAGACAAGCAGCCUCGGAGAGGAAGCCAACAAGUAAAUAGUGUAAUUUUUCAUUUGUUUGCUUUUGGGUGGAGCUCUUUUCUUUUGUGUAGCUGCAACCAUGUUCUCGAAAUUUGGCCGGCGGCGUCGAUACCUUUUCAUUAUCCAUAAAAAUUUUAGUCAGUUUCAUGAAACUAUAACUCCUUUUAGAGUGUCUCAGUGGUUUGUAGCUACGACAAAAGAAAUUGUUCAGCCGGGGUUGAGAGAACCCCAUGUUUUUUUGUUGUUUUGUUUUGCAAACCUCCCAGCUUAGCCAUUCGCUCCCGCAUCUCAGAAGGCCUGUUAAAUUGGUUCAAUUCAUCACCUAGGCAUCCAACCAAAGUUUUAAAGGAUGUUUAGUUUAGGACUGAAGUAGCAUCGUUUUAACAGUCAUCUACAUUUCCAGCCAUUUUGGGCACCUUGGUGUGCACAACAUUUCAUGCUGCGUUGGUCAUGUAGCCAGACACGGUUUUUCUAAUUCCGUGAUUACUCGAAAUUUACAAUUUAACGAAGAGCUGACUCGGAGUGAAAAAAAAAACAAAAAACAAAACAUGUUUACCUAAUAGUGUAUGAUACGGUUUUGGAUAUUUUUUUUUUUGCCUUUGGCAUUUACCGCGGUUUACAGCAAAGUUUUUAUAAAGACUUUUCUUUUGAGUCAAAAUAACUGUAAAGGCAGGAUGAGUGAAUGAUUUUCAUGUCCAGCUGCGAGACCCCGACGAUUCACUUGAUGAAAUGAAGGGUCGAGGGAACCCAGAGCCCAAUGAAUGGAUGGCUUCCCCAGUAUGUGGCUGCAUUUGACAACCAAUAUAGUUUAACGUGCAUGGAUAAGUAGACACGUUGGUCCUUGACUAACGGGAUCGGACCCUUUAGUCGACUGGUUAACGUUGUCGCUUGCGGAGCGGGAGAUACGGGUUCGCAUCCCGGCUGUGGUGGUUCGCGGACUGCCCCCCCCCCCCCCCGAAUUCGCUACAAUACCAAAACUGUAAUGAUGGGGGAAAGGGAAACAGCCUAUUUCCAAUCUGAAGCAUUUAAAUGCACAGACAAUACAUUUCGCUUUAAUCAAGUCACAAAGAGGAAAAUCAAAUCAAAUCAGCAGAACAAUCAAACUAAGCAGAAGAUGAAUAUGAACCGACGAACAAAUACCGCGAUUUUGCGAGACGAACAAACAUGUAGUCUAUGCCGGGACGGGAUAAUGUUUCUCAGGACAAGGUACGGGAUACAUUAUCACAAACUAAAGCAAAACUGCCAUUCAUUAAUAACUAUCGAUAUUCCACGCUACUUCCAUAUCUCACCACGCUACUUUUUUUGAAUUAGCUCGUUAUUUUUCCUAGAUGUUUCAUAGUACCCAGAAUGUACCAAUAAUGGACUUCUUUUAUUUUUUAACAGCCAUGCAUAAAUGGCCCAUCUAUAGCACACUGUAGCUUGGUAACGCUUCUGCACUCAACAUAUGAUUGUGGAAGGCUUUUUUUUAACAUGUGGUAGUGUCCGUCAGUGGCUUCGCUUUUCUCCAGACUUCUUCCAGAUCCCUCUCCCUCUCUUCUCUCUCUCUCUCUCUCUCUCUCUCACCCCGAAAGAUGAGUAAGUACGUAGCAUGGAGAUGAAAACGACCAGCGCGAGGUGCUCGUUGGGUGACGUAGCAGGCUUGGUGUCUAGAUGGUCGCACUGGAUUUGGGAAACUCUCGCACACUUGACUCAACGCAGUAGGAUUAGGCUGAGGUUAGGUUAAAGGAAAUCUCGCGAGGGAGGCGUGUGGUAGUCUGCAGACCUCCCCGGGAUCAGCAGAGGGGGGUGGAGCAGCGACCGGGACGGCUCGGAAGAACGGGGUAAUUGGCUGGGUACAAUUGGGGAGAAAAGAAGGGGGGGUGUUUAAAAAUAAAUAAAUAAAAUAAAAUCUCGCGAGUGUUUCACAAACUGAGGGUUGCCGUCUAGACGCGACCAUGUAGCAGC